AUGAUGCUUCCUCCCGGAGACCCUUAUACCCCGGAGACCGUUCCCCCGGGUUACUGUUGUGCAUACACAACAUACUUUGAACAAUGCGGGUUGGUAUUCCCCAUUCCCGGGAUCAUCCUCCGGAUUCUCCAACGUCUUCGAAUAGCGUUUCCCCAGAUGUGUCCGAACUUCGUUCGACACGUGAUCGGACUCUACACAAGGGGUCGUGAAGUUGGACUCGAACUUGGAGUCGACGAUAUCCUCCGGUUGUGUCAGAUCAAACAUAACUCGGGUUUUCCCGGGACGCUCUACACAUGCCGCCGCCAGGACCGAGAAAUCAUCCAGGCGAUCCCUGGCAAAGAUGACCGGUGGAGAGAGAAGUAUUUCUACUUCCGCGUCUCUCCGGCGUCGGUGGGAGAUUUCAACUUCGCCCGCCUGCCUACUCAAUGGGCCGUUUGCGUCGACUCCGGAGAUCACCUAAAUACUCAUGCGGUCCAGGCACUGACUGAGAGACUACGAGGAGGCGAAAUACGGUGGAGUUUGUUCUCACGAGCCUGCAUCAUUACAGCACUCAACGCCCCAGUGAUUCAAGCUCUUGUUCCUGCCGUUCCCCCGGGGGUCCCGAGCCAACCAAUUCCCGCCGAUCGUCCAAGAAGGAACAGAUUCGAGCAUCUCCCUGCUCGCCAAGGUAUGAUGACUUCGCAUGCAAUAAAUACUCCAACCCAUCCUCGCAUAUCGAGCUCGUCGUCCUCCUCAACCCCUCUACUCGCUAUGACCAGGAAGCCAACACUCCGCGAAUUGAGGGAGCAAGCCCAGCCCUCCCGCCGAGUUCGCGCAGGGGAUGUGGACGCCGCUCUGGCUUCCGCUUUUCAAGCCGCUCGCCCUGAACCCGUACAAACGGGAAGUGAGGAAGUAAACCAAGCCGUGGCCACCCCGGCUGGAUCUUCUGCCCCACCUCGGGAGGUGAUGCUAGUCAGCUCGAGGUCUACUCCCAGCGAGCCGGCGCCUCCCCAGAAGAGAGCUCGCGCAGAGGGCCCGCGAACUAGCAAGGACCAAAACCGCGAGAGCAGGGAAAGCCGCCUUGUGGGUGACCAGAACGAACAUCCGGGAGGAGAGCAGGCCGCGUAUGGAAACGGAUCAUCGACGAGCCGUUCCUUUGGUGAAGGAUCUCACGGAGAGGGAGGCGAGGCGUACAUUAACGCUAUGGCCUCCCAGGCGCAGGCUGAAGGAUGUCCUCCAAUCAGCCGAGCUCGAGAUAACGACUGCCCUGAAGCUUCCCAGGAAAGGGAGGCUGUUUCCGCUGGCAAGGUCGAUUCCCUCGACCACGAGAUCGCCUCCCUAAGGGCUUCCCAGGAGAAGUUGGUGGAAGUUGAGGCUGAGCUCGCUUCGGCUAAGGUCGCUCAAGCGAAGGCCGCGGGAGAUCGCGACCUCCUCCUGAAGGAGAACAGGUGGCUAAAGGAGAAAUCGGCGGAGGCGGGGCGGUUGCAUGCUGAGACGACCCGGAAGGUGGUCUACGAGGCAAAGAUGAGGAUGUCGCAAGACUACCGGUCGAUCCUAGACUCCGUGAAGAGCAAGUGGGAGCUGAAGAAGCAGAAAUCCAAAGUCGACGGAGAUCUCGCGGAGAUAGAGUCCAACCUGCUUAUGAUCAAACAGAUCAGUGAAGGUAAGAUCACGGUGGAAGAUGAGCUCAAGACCCUGGAGAGUCAGAAGGCGGCGGUUACCAUCCGUUCUGACUCUCUGGCAGUUUCGGACUUCUCCGUGAGCAAACUCGACCUCCCUCAGGUGUCAGAGGAUUCAAUCGCCCCGAUGGAGAUUGACACGGGGACCGGGGUUCCUCGCGGUUUUGACGAACACAGGAGCAAUGCCAAGGGUACACCUGAUCUGGAGGCGGGCACGGGGGAAGAGGAUGCUUGA